UAACCUGGACAUUAGAUUGGUCAAACACUAUUUGACACUGGCAUGUUAAUUCAAAGUAAAAAAAAUAAAAUAGAAAUACUCAGUGAAUUUACACGUAACCUGCCUUAAUGUGUAUUUAAUUACAGUAUGCUUCUUGAGUAAAAGUAUGUAGUUACUUCCCACCACUGACAGGUGAUUUGACUCCACGGUGUCGCGCGGCACAGCCGGCGAGCUUUCAGCGAGCGCGCGCGUUCUGGGGUUUUACGUGCACGGGGGAUUAGGGCCGGUGAGAGUGAGCCAGGACAGCGAGACCACGAGCACAUCCUCGGCCGUUAGUCCUCUUUUGUCGUCGUAGAAGAAAUCCGAGAAAAUGUCUCCGUACCGGGAAACAAGCAGGAGAUAACGGCUGAAACUCGACCGUUGGAUGUGAAGUUUAAAAGUUUCUGACGGUUGAUAGUGAACUGCGGGGAUAAACCUCCGGGAGGGACAGGUGUCUUUCGUGCGUCUCCCCUCUUCAACCCCUAUAGGGGCUAGGAUUUUUACUUAAUUUGUUUUGUAUAAAGCUGGACUUUUCUGAGCCAUGUUGUGGACAAGUUGGCUCGUCCUGCUGCUCUGCUGGGGGGCCACCACCAGCGGCGAGCAGCAGGCGGAGGAGAGGGACGGGACCCCGGUGGAGGCCCGGGCGGAACCGCAGAGACAGCGGUCCCCUCCCCCUGUGGAGCCGUUGGAUUUUGGGUUUGUACCGGCUGCUGUUUACGAUACCCACGCUUACUUUGAGCCAGGACCUAUUGGGCUUCUCUUCCACAUGGUCCACGCUUUUCUCUACGUUGUUCAGCCGAACACCUUUCCUAAAGAUCUGAUUAUUAAAGUUAUUCAACAAAACAUGGGAGGAAUCAAAAUAGAAGAAUGGAGAAAGCCAGACAAUGUGGUGCUGUUACUACAGACGAUCUACUACGAGGCGGGUUUCCUCAUAUGUGCGACUAUCGGCAUCCUGUUCGUGGUCCUGGUGCCCAUCAUCGCCUUGUGUUUCUGUGUGUGUCGCUGCUGUGACAACUGCGGAGGGGAGAUGCACCAGAGACAAAGAAAAAACGUUGACUGUCAGAGAGGUUUCUACACCGCCUUGCUCGUCGCCACCUCCAUCUUCAUGUCUCUGGGAGUGUUCAUCGCCUAUGCUGCGAACCAUAAUGUCAGCGCCCAGAUUAAGAACACUCGGAGGUUAAUCAACACCAACAUGAGGGACCUUAAGACAUUUGCUAACAACACACCUACGCAAAUUGAAUACAUGACAGCCCAGUACACCACGGCAAAGAACAAAGUCCUGUCAGACCUUGACAACAUUGGACCUUUGCUUGGUGGGAGGAUCCACAGUCAGCUGGAGAGAGAGGUGGUGCCCUCACUGGACAAUGCGCUGCGGAUGGCAGGAGCUAAAGUUGAGAAUGCCAUCAAAGCCAUGCGGGAGACCAAAGAGGCUCUGGAGAACGUCAGCUCCUCUCUGGAGGUUCUCCAGGAGGGGACAGCAAAGCUUCAGGCCAGUCUAUCUGGGGAGCGGGCCUCUCUUUCCAACACUUUAUCAGACCCUGCCUGCACUAAUGGAGCUGUGUCGUCCACCUGUAACACCAUCCGAUCCACGCUCGCCCAGCUGGGAAUCAACUCUGACUACUCUAAGCUGCCAGAUGUUAAUCACGCCUUGGUCAAUGUCAAUACUGUCCUGAGAACAGACCUCAGCAACAUUGUACAAAAGGGUUACUCAUCCUUUAAUGAUACACCACAACUGGUUAAAGAACAAACUAAAAACAUUGUCUCAGCUCUACCUCGAGUGAAAGGCAUGUUGGAUAAGAUUGGCAUAGAGAUCAACGGCUUCUCCAAGAUGUUCCCAGUAGAAGCUUCUCUCACCAAUUUCACCGUUUUCCUCACCCAAGGACAGAAAAAUAUUGAGUCCUUUUACCCACAGAUUGACCAAAUGGACUUUUACAGGUGGGUCAGCUGUGUGGCAGUGCUCUGCAUGGUGGUCUUGGUCCUGGCCUUUAACACCCUCGGACUGCUGUGUGGCGUCUGCGGCUACGACGAGCAAGUUACACCAACAACACGAGGCUGCCUCUCAAACACCGGCGGCAACCUGCUAAUGGCUGGAGUUGGCUUCUCUUUUAUCUCCGUCUGGGUGCUGAUGGCCAUUGUGUCGACCUUGUUUGUUAUUGGAGGCAACGUGGAGAAGAUGGUGUGUGAACCCCUCGCUAACCGACAGCUAUUCAAGAUCAUAGACACUCCAUUCCUGGUUCAUCCCGCCAAGAAGAACUUCCUUCCUGGGAUGUUGUUUCAGAAUCCUAACAUUGAGUUGACUUUGGGAGGCAUGUACAGGGACUGCUAUGAGAACAACGGUCUGUACCAUUCUCUGCAGCUGGAGACGAUGUUCAACAUCAACUCCUUCCUCAACAGAACUGUGUACAACAAGGAUCUGGCCAAAGUGUUGGAGGGAGUGCAGGUGGACCUACAGGACGUCACGCUGCUGGAGCAGGCCGGCAGAGACAACCUCAUCAACUUCGCCAACUCUGGAAUCGGACAUAUCAACUAUGAAGCCUACCUGACUGAGUUAAACAAAGGAGUAACUAUCUCGGAUCUCCUGUCCUUCUCUACUGACCUGGAGGCUCAGGCAGACCAACUGCCCCGGGGUGCUCUGGAGAACGCACUGAAAGGACACGCCAGCAGUAUCAGACAGAUCCACAGGGAUCAAGUGGUUCCAAUGGAGCAAGCAAUGAAAUAUGUGAAAGCGCGGAGUACACUGAGUCAGAGCAUCAAGCAGCUGCAGAGGAUGUCCAACGACCUGACGGUUAAGGCCACGAAUAUCCUGAGUGCCAUCGAUGCAGCAGAAUACCUCAUCACUCAUAACGCCUCCCAUGUGGUCAAAAGGGAAACCAAAGGCUUCACAGAGAACUUGGUGGGAUACUUCAAACAGUACACAGCAUGGGUUAAACAUUCGUUGAGUUCAGAGGUGGCCCAGUGUAAACCCAUCAGUAACAUUGUGGACAGCAUGGAGAUUAUAGGCUGCAGCUUCAUAGUGGAUUCAGUGAACACAUUCUGGUUUGGUCUGGGAGGUUGCUGUGUCCUCCUGAUCCCCAGCAUCAUCGUUUCUGUCAAACUGGCAAAGUAUUACAGAAGGAUGGACACAGAAGAUGUCUUUGAAGAUAUGGGUAAUACAGGUAAUCAUGGGGAACAACUGUGUGGUAUCCAUGGAGACCUUGCUGUGGUCAGUAUCUCUCCCUAUCCCAACACUCUGACCCGGUUCCCUCGGGCCUCGGCUCCUCCGAGCUACGCCGACUGGGAAGGAUCGCCUUGAUGAGCGGACAAGAGGGCUGGAACUGAAAUUCCCCUCGAGGAUUUCUGGACAUUCCAGUUCUCUCCAUUCAGAUCUUAUAACACGUUGAAAGAUCAAAAGGAAGAACAACAAUUUGGAACUGUGUGGUGAGGCGUCCCACCCCCCAGUGCCCCUUCAAGCCACUGGACAAGGACCUCAGAUGCCAACCAACUGUAAUUUAUAAAGUGUUAUUUCAUUCACAUCAGCACCGCAGCCGUCCUUCUAGUGUUUCAUACUAUAGAUCAUCAACUAUCACAGAAAUGUUCCUGCAUAGCUAGUUUUUCCUGUAGAUAAUUCAUUUGUUUGUACCUACAUUAUCACCUUUACCAUGGUGACACAAGUGUACAUUUUUUUACACUUUCAAAACCUUUGAAAGUUUUAUAUACUUUUGUUAAUGUUUGUUUUAUAACACAUAAGUAGCUUUUUGUAGGGGUAGCUUUUUCUUUUCUUGGUCAAUAUUUGUAAUGUAGCUUACAGUUUUGACUCGACAAGUUGAAACGACCAAAGAAUCAUUGAUUCGCUUUCUUGUUGAGAGUUAGAUAAAAAGAUGGCACUCUCGUGUCUUUUAGUUAAAUACCAGGAUCCAGUAGGAAUAGCAAUCAAUAUCACCAUCAAUGAAACCACUAGCAUGAUGGAAGAACACAUUCAUUUUCAUGGUGGCUAUGUUCUGGACUCGGGGUUGGACUGAUCCAUUGCCCUGGCAGAGAACGCUGAGGUAGACGAAUAUGAGAUAUGAAGGGGGUCAUUGGAGUUUGCCCAUCCGGUCUACAUUGGUUUUACAGACUUUUCUGGUGAAGGCUCGCGAACGUGUCCCUCAACUUGUGUGUUCAGCUGGAAUAGAAAGCUGUGUCCAUAUGUUUGACACAAAGUCAAACCCGUUUCCAGUCCAGCCCUGCGAUUUAGAUCCUCCCCAAACUUGCUGUAAUGAGUGAGUUUCAGAGGAUGUGGUGUGUGGAGUUUGCUCCACUGGUCAGAGCAAGGCUAACAGUCAUUUAGCUAAGCUAACGUUGUCAAUGGUGUAGCUUCAGGGCUAGUAUACAGACAGGAUACUGAUAUUGAUCUUCUCAACUAACCUUCAGCAAGAAAGCGAAAAAAACGUUUUUGAAGGUGGAAACUGGAAGUUCUUGUUAAUUAUUUAAAACCUUGAGACAUCAGUCCAGAAUUAAUCAUGGUCCAUCAGGAUGUAAAGAGUUUCUAGCUUUUCAACAGACACGAGUUACAAACCCAGCAAGGUUUCAAGACAGCUAACAAACAAAAAUAUUGUGUCUCCAUUUUUUACCAGACCAUUAGAGACCACUAGUUGCUUGUGUUUUUUUUUUUCUUCACCAUUCUGGGGUUGGGAUAAUACAAAUCCCAGAAGCCUCUUUGGUGAAAGAGGCCUGUUUGAGGAACAAAGCGUACACACAAAUAUUAUAUUACAGCUGGAGUCUGUGGUGAAGGCGCGAAACUGUGAAUAAAGACUUCAGUCUUA